AUGAACGCAGUCUUAAGGCCCCCAUUCCCUUCGCUUUCCGCCGAUGACUCAAUCUCCAGCGGGAGUUCGGGCCACGUUUAUGCCAUCGGCCAGCAUCUCGUUCUGAAAUGCCCAAUGAUUUUCGAUAACCCUCACCCAACACAAGUAGUAAAGAUGAACGAGAGUCAAGCUCAGAUCGACUGCGAGAAGUCGGUCUACAAGGUCUUGAUGAAGAACCGGCAUCCCCAUAUUGUCCAUGCCGUCUUGUGCGCGCCUGAAGGCAUCUUUAUGCAUCGCCAAGCCACGAGCCUUGACACUCGCUUGCAGAACCCCGAUAUCCCUCAGUAUUUGAAGAACAAAUGGAUUGGGCAAAUCUCCAGUGCACUGUCCUGGCUCGAGCAUCUCGGUUUCGCCCACGGCGACCUCAGGCCUGCCAACAUAUUUCUUAGCCAGGAAGAAGACAUCAGACUGGGUGAUUUCGACUGUACAGUCAAGAUCGGGGACAAGUUGAAGGCAGGAGGCGGUUCUUUUGGCAAAUUGCACGAAAAUUACGAGUUCCCUGACGCCAGUCCCAUGACCGAACAGUACUCGCUCGGGUCUUGCAUCUUCACUAUCCAGUUUGGCCAUGAGCCCUGGCACGAGAUCGACGAGCAUCGGAAGAUUCUCAAGCUCAUCAGGAAUGAGUUUCCCGACGCUUCAGGAGACGAGAUUACGAUUCGAUGCGUGCGGUUGAACGAGAGAUUCUCAGCCAGCUAG